CAAGUGCAACUCUUUGAGGGGGUUAUACCCACGCCGGAGUGUCGUUUCGUUGUUAUUCGACAAUUUAAUAUAAUCUGGAAUCCAUUAAAGGUUAUUUUUGGGGGGGCUUGGGAGAAGGUACGCGGUAUUGUCAGGAAACCUUGCGAGUUAGCUCGCUAGCACUUAGCAGGCUGAUGAAUGUGUGCUGCCGCUGCUAAGGUGCAGCUCCUUUACAGUCAAGUGGAACACCAGGAAGUACUCAAAUCAUAAAACGGUUCAGCAAGUCAAAAGGCCGUAAAACAAAGAGCAUCCCUACACAUUUAGUGUUUUUUUUUUUUUUUUUUGUUGUUGUUUUUGCUCAAUUUUUUUUCAAGACUAGUUAGGUUUUUUUUUUUUUUUUUUUUUUUUUUGGGCGAGCCUUUUAUCUCGUUUUUCACAUCUAUGAAAUCGGACUUCGCCCAACUUUCAUCUUUCAGAACUCUGGACAUUAAUGGGCAUUUUACAAAUGCGAAAGCAACUCAUGCAGCAAUCGACAUCUUUAUAAUGCAUCCCUUGUCGAGCUUUCUGUUUCACUGACCAGAAAGUAACAUGACAGCAAUGUAACUGACGGAUUUUGUUCUCGUCAUUGUCAUGUGACUUUGAAUUAGCGAUCAUCGUUUCCUCCCCGACGGUGGCGGUCUUUUCACCACAUGAAUGAGGUGAGCAGUGGGUUUCCUCCCAAAGACUGUCCCUGAACUCCCCUUCUUUUGUGCACGCGUUCCACCAGAUUCUAAAAUGAUUCGGUGAAAGUGAAAUUGAUGUCAAAAACCCUCCUGGCCCACAGUGCGGCAGAACAACAUUGGUUUCGUUCUCCCCAACUUGGCGUCAAAGUGGAACUGCUCCACAAAGUGCUGUCCAUGCUUACGGGCAAACCCUUUCUACUUGUUGACAAGAACGCAACGUCGCUCUUUUGUGCCAGUGGGGCAAAUGUCCGCUUAUCGAUACAUAAUUUUGCCAAUUGACAAAGUCUGAUCAUGUUCCGCGUGUCCCACUGAGCAAGUUCAGGAGUGACUCGGGGCUUUUAAACGCCGUCACUCGGCGCGGGAUUCGCUCAGGAGCAGCUCGGGAAUCCCGCCUCCCCCCACCCCCGGAGACCGCUGCGCUCGGGUUUUCGGAAGUCCGUUCUCCUUCCUCGUUUUGCCGGGCCGCUUUUCUGGAUCGCCGAUUCCAGAUCAUUCCUGCGACUCUCUGACCCAUCUCUGCGCGCCACCCUGGACGAAGCGAUCAGCUUCUGGGAAAAGGGGGCUGCGCUGUCCUGGAGGAGAUUUAGAGGGGUUGCCGUUGUGCCGUUCCCUGUCUGUCGGCGCCAUCAGGCCUGAAGAGAAGAGCCCCAGACGGACCGAGGGAGGAGGCCGAGGACUUCAGAGCCAUUGACUCUGGGAUCCUGGCCAUGAGGUUUGAUGCCUCAAUCCACUGACCAGAAACACUGGACCUAAAUGGCGCAGCAUGACUUUGUCCCUGCCUGGCUUAACUUCUCCACACCCCAGCCUGCCAAGUCACCUGCUGCCACCCUCGAUAAGCAAAGCGAGCCCCACCACCACAAAGAAGGCAGAAAUGCCGUGAGCCGCCGCCGCCACAAUUCUUCAGAUGGCUUCUUCAACAACGGCUCCUUGCGGGCUCCAGCAGGUGAUGGUUGGCAGCAGCCCUCACUACUUCUGAGACAUGACUCUGUGGAUUCAGGGGUCUCCAAAGGAGGGCACAGCGGAUUAGCGGGGGGCCCGUGUUGGAAGGAAACGCCCAGCUGGCACGGAGGUCCGCGGGGUGCCCAGGACGGUCACCACCACCACCACCACCACCAAGGACGCCACCCCAAGCGGGGAGGAGGCGACAGGGACAGACAGGGAGGGCACCGGCAGCGCAAUGGGAACUUCCAUCCCCGGAAGGGCACCUCGUACCAGGACAAGUUUCCCAAUGAAGAACGCAAAGACAAUAAGGAAGACAAGCUGAAGUUUGUGGAAGAAGACUUUCCUUCUCUCAACCCUGAAACAACUGGAAAGCCCGGGACACCGAUGAGACCUGUGGCUGCCAAUGCCGGAGUGUGGGAAAAUCCUCCAAGUGGCAAGCAGAUGGUGUCCAAAAUGUUAGUUAUCAAAAAGGUUUCAAAGGAGGACCCCAGCACGGCCUUCUCAGCGGGCUUCGCCAGCGCCGGCGGCGGCUUGCCGGCCAACGGCGCCAAAGCUCCCAUCACAGGCUCCAGCGUCUACAAGAAUCUGGUCCCAAAACCUGCUGUGGCUCCCACCAAAAGCACCCAGUGGAAAGCCGGCACUCGGGAGAUCGCCAAAUCCGGCCGGGAUUCGGUCUUUCCCAACCCCGUUUCUGCUGUUAAAACCAGCAACCCGGUCAGCGUGCCGCAGCACAAUAACCCGAAAGAGCAUCCUUCCAGCACGACCCCCCCCAUAGACAUCGCCCCGUCGAGGCUGAAGCUGAUGCGUCGCGGUCCGGACCGAAAGAGCGACUUCCUGCGGGCGCUGAAGGACGAGGGCACCGGAGAGCUGACGACGAGCAGCAGCCCGGGAACAUCAGGAGAGGGGGAAAGCAGCACCCCGGAGCCAAAAGCCUACAGCGAGGACGUCUGCCACGAGAACGGCCUGUCCUACUCCCUCAGCGACUCCGACACGGAACACCUGUCCAGCUCCCUGGAGGCUGAGCACAGGUUGCUGAAGGCCAUGGGGUGGCAGGAGUACCCAGAAAACGACGACAACUUCCUGCCUCUGACCGAAGACGAGCUGAGAGAGUUCCAGACAAAAACCGAGCAGCUCAAGAGGAACGGCCUGCAGAACGGCGUCCUCCCGAGGGCGCGGGGGGUCACCCUCCACUUCACCCCCUGGAGGAGCGUGGCCGAGGCGCACGUGGAGGAGGCCUCCGAGUCGGAAACCAGUAGCAGCAGCCAGACGUCCGACGACGACGACGACGACAACCGCACCAAAUCCUAACGUGGCUUUUACGGAACAAAAAAAAGAAAAGAAGAAAACCACGCAACAGCCAACACGUCUUAGCGAGCCACCUGCCCUCCUUUCUCUCAUCUUGUUUUUAGAGCACCAUUUUGAAUUUUUGAUUCUUUUUUUUUUUUUUUUUUGUUGUUGUUGUUCUUGCACAAGGGAAAAACCAAUCAUAUCCCAGUGAAGGGGGAGAUUUCUGCUCUGCCAGACGUUAUUUUCCCUGCGUUUCCUCCUUCACUGCAGUCCUGCGCUCUGACCCGGACCCCCUCGCCGCCCCCGCCCCUCCUUUUUCUUCCUUGCUUUGUGGAACUGAAGUGUUCAUCGAGAAAAAGGGCAACGGAUGCACACUUGAUUCUGCUUUAAACAGACUAACUCAUUUCAUUGAUGAUGCUGAUGACACAUUAUUAAUGAUAUUAAUAAAGUUGGUUCCUGACAAGCUGA